UGGCUUGGCAGGCUUGCAGAAUGAUGGUGGGGAUGUACAUGAGAAGGAAGGAGCCAGUUUAAUUUUUAAAAUGAACCAUGAUUUAAAUAUUUGUUGUAAUACUGUAUAAAAUUAUUGAUCUUCUGAAAUAAGAUUUACGUGCAUUCAUGUAACGAACUCUGAUUUCUCAUAAAUGAAGGUUACAGAAGAAACCAAAUAUCCAAGUUCCUUGUGAAUAUGCUAGCGUUAUACACGAGUUCACGUUCCUUAUUAAUGCAGAAUGCAAGCCAUGUUCCUGUAAAAUGGUUGGCAGUAGUGUCAAAUAUACGUAGUUGUGUGUGCUCAAGGACGUUAACAGCACACAGGCUGGAAGAAAGUGAUAAUGACAGAAUUUUAAAUUCUAAAAAAUUCCAUGGACAGAAACGCAGUUCUGUUUUAAAGCCACAUUUUUGGUUUGUGUCUCAUAGUAUUCACAGCAGUUCCUCUAAGGAUGGCAGUCACAAAGUCGAAGUCAACAGGAAAGUGGGAACACUUGCGGCAAUGUUCGUCAAUAAUUCAGCUUCAGCCUUGCAGCCAUAUAUGAAAUUAAUGAGGAUUGAUAAACCAAUAGGUUCCUGGCUGCUGUUUUGGCCGUGCGGCUGGAGUAUAGCGUUGAGCGCUGCCCCAUCAUCUCUGCCUGAUCUCAAGAUGUUAGCACUCUUCGGUUUGGGAGCAUUCAUCAUGAGAGGUGCUGGUUGCACUAUUAACGACAUGUGGGACAAAGAUAUCGAUGAGAAGGUGUCUCGAACAAGAGAACGACCUCUAGUCAGUGGUGCCAUCUCUCAGUUUGAAGCUUUGGUGUUCCUGUCUGGUCAGUUGGGGCUUGGGUUGCUCGUGCUUCUCCAAUUAAACUGGUACAGCAUUCUUCUAGGAGCCAGUUCCUUGGGUCUAGUCAUAAUUUACCCUCUUAUGAAGCGGGUUACUCACUGGCCGCAGCUUGUAUUGGGAAUGGCAUUCAACUGGGGAGUGCUUCUGGGCUGGUCCGCAGUGAACGGUUCCUGCAAUUGGUCUGUGUGCCUGCCACUGUAUUCAGCUGGAAUAUGCUGGACGAUUGUGUAUGACACGAUUUACGCACAUCAGGAUAAGGCAGAAGACGUACUUCUCGGGAUCAAGUCAACAGCAAUUAAGUUUGGAGAAAAGACUAAACUGUGGUUAUCAGGGUUCGGUGCCACGAUGAUUUCCGGCCUGGUCGCUACAGGAGUGCAAUGUGAUCAAACGUGGCCGUACUAUACGUCUGUUGGACUUGUUGCUGCGCACCUUGCCACUCAGCUAUAUACUCUGAAUAUUAACAACCCAGUGGACUGUUCCAGCAAGUUUGUGUCCAAUCAAAGAGUAGGUCUGCUUCUCUUCGGAGGAAUAGUAGUGGGUACAUUGUUCAAGUCUAUGGAGAAUGAUAGUGAAGAAAGAAGGGUAAUGGAAUGUAAAAGAUAGCUAUAAUCAUAGACCAUGUAUGUGUUUGAAGUGCAAGAACCUGUACAGUAUGGCCAACUGAUCUAAAACCCCAUAAAUAUUUGAAUUAUGA